GUGACGCCGGGGCCACACCCAAUCCGCUCCGACGAAACCAAGAAUAAAAAAAAACCAACAAACAGGAGAGAGAGAGAGAGAGAGCUGCUUCCGUCGCGAUUUUAGCAAGGCGGAGCAGAAGACCUCCCGCCAAACCCUAACUAAUCCACAGGUGUUUUCUGAGUCAAAGAUGACUACAUUAGAUGCAACAAGAGCAGAACUUGCUCUUUUGGUUUUAUAUCUGAACAAAGCUGAAGCCAGGGACAAGAUAUGCCGGGCUAUACAAUAUGGUUCAAAGUUCCUGAGCAAUGGGGAGCCUGGUACAGCUCAAAAUGUUGAUAAAUCGACCAGCUUGGCACGGAAAGUUUUUCGACUUUUGAAGUUUGUCAACGAUCUGCACGGUCUUAUUAGUCCGCCUGCUCGAGGGACUCCUCUUCCACUCAUCUUGCUUGGAAAGUCCAAGAAUGCAUUGUUAUCCACCUUCUUGCUUCUUGAUCAAGUUGUCUGGGCCGGGAGAACAGGCAUUUACAAGAACAAAGAACGGGCAGAGCUAAUUGGGAGGAUCUCUCUUUUCUGUUGGAUGGGUUCCUCAACCUGCACAACCAUGAUUGAGCUUGCAGAGCUUGGAAGACUAUCUGCAUCAAUGAAGAAAUUAGAGAAGGAUCUUAAGAAAAAAGGAUCAGAUAAACAUCAAGAUGAACAGUACCUUAACAAGCUCAAGCAGUCAAAUGAUAGGUUGUUAGCACUGGUGAAGGCGUCGAUGGAUAUAGUGGUUGCUGUCGGGCUGCUUCAACUGGCACCCAAGAAAGUAACUCCCCGUGUAACAGGAGGCUUUGGAUUUAUAAGCUCUCUCAUCUCUUGUUAUCAGCUGCUUCCUUCGCCACCAAAGGCCAAGACACCAUGAAGGAGGAACUUCUGUUUUCCGUCGAUAUUGCUUUUGUGCCGCCAUCAAUGUUGUCCAGAUUGGUAGGGAUGUCCAUGGUAGGUGCCAUUGGGUAAACUGAAAAAUAAGGUUUGAAAAUUAAUUUAAAAGCUGAAAACUUGAAGUGCUGAAUUUUAGUACUUAUAAGUACUGCAAAAUCUGUUUGGUAAUUUGUGUGAAAAUUAAGCACUUUUUCCAUAAAAAUCCAUUUGGUAAACACAAACCAUAAAUGUCUGAAAACUGGCAAUUCAUCCCUAUUAUCUCAA